GUUCACUGCAGUUUGAGAGGACAAACUUUUUUCGUGAUGGGAUUUAUUUACGUAAUAUUCGAGUUCUUUGGGUUCGAUUGUCUUCGGCCAAGGACUAUCCACGACUUAACGACAUAGACAACGUUUUAAAACGUGGUAUAAUCAAUACAUUUGUCCUUUUAUGCAGAUUUUCGUUCUUUCGAACUCAUUGUAAACACUCGGGUCUCCAAACGUCUCACAACAGGAGGACCAGAGAAAACAAACACCCGUGCGGCUCUUGAACGCAGCUCUCUCCAGUCCAGUCCAGGGAGCAUGGGUCCCGCAGUGAUAAACCACAUUUCAAGAAUAGGUUGACGCAGCAGCACCCAUGAUGAACUUUGAAGGUCUAGAUACUGGGAUGGGUGAUUACCCUCCCAGCCUUCACGGGACGAUGGACGGUGGUAUGGACCCCCCCAUGGACCCACACCUUAACCCCAGUCUGAUGCAGAGCGUGGAGCUGGAUCCAGAGGGUUUGGCCGUUCCAGUGCCUGAGCCUGUGCACCUCGUGGAGGGGAUGUUUUCUGAGCUCCACAGUGUCGUGUCCGAGGUUGGCAUCCCAGUGACUGCCACACAUUUUGAUCUGCAGGAGGAAAUGCUCUGGAUGGGCAAUCAUCGAGGUCACGUGAGUUCAUUCUUUGGACCAACAAUGGGAAGGUUUUCGUCUUUUCAAGCGAACGCCACCGACGACAUUCGACACAUUCAGAGUUUGGAAACGGGCGUGCUGUUCCUGUCCAAGUCUAACCUGAAAUGUCACACGCGCGGAGGCCUGGUUGUGUUCGAUUACGCGAUGGAUGAAGGAGCUGAUUUGCACAGUCUGCUGAUGACUGACAACAACACUCUGCUCCUCGGGGGGUUGCAAAACUACGUGGCCGAGGUUGACUUGACCACCGUCCAAGAAACUCAGAAGUUCUCAGUCGAACUACCUGGAGUGGCAAUAAUGCGACAAACCGGCCGUUUCUUCUUCUGUGGGCACACUUCUGGAAAGAUCACCCUCAGAGACCUGCGCACUUUUAAGAUGGAGCAGGAGUUCGAUGCGUUUUCCGGGAGCCUCUCGGACUUCGACGUCCACGGAAAUCUCCUGGCGGCGUGUGGUUUCUCCAGUCGAGGACUGAACGGUUUGGCCUGCGAUCGUUUUUUGAUGGUGUACGAUCUGCGUAUGAUGCGAGCAGUGACGCCACUUCAGGUGCACGUGGACCCCUUGUUUUUGCGUUUCAUUCCCACCUACACGUCACGUCUGGCCAUCAUCUCUCAGACAGGCCAGUGUCAGUUCUGUGAACCCACUGGUCUCGCCAAUGUGGCCGACAUUUUCCACGUCAACACUGUGGGGCAGUUGCUCAUGAGUUUUGACGUCUCGUCCAGUAAGCAAGCCCUCGCCUUUGGGGACUCCGGGGGCGUCGUACACCUGUGGUCCGACGCCCCUGAGGUUUCCUUUAACGACUACUCCCGUGAGACUGACUUUCCUUUACCGUGCCUGGUGGACACGUUGCCUCAGCUGGACUGGAACCACGACCUUUUGCCCCUCUCCCUUCUACCCAUGCCCCUGACCAGCACUGAGCCGCUGCUCUCAGACUGGCCCUCCGCCCUGUCUACACCCUGUCCCAGACGAGCGCCUCCUGUGGACCCAGAAAUCCUGCGCACCAUGAAAACCGUGGGCUUCAUCGGUUAUGCAGCGAAUCCUCGAACUCGACCUCGCAACCAGGUUCCGUAUAAAGUGAAAGAUGUGGAACUGGAUUACGACAACUACAACCAGGUCCCUGAAUCUCCGAUCGGCCGGGAUGAGGAGCCACAUCUCUACAUGGUUCCCAAGAAGUACAGAAAGGUCACCAUCAAAUACUCCAAACUUGGACUGGAGGACUUUGACUUCAAACACUACAACAGAACCUUGUUUGCUGGUCUGGAGCCUCACAUUCCUAACGCCUACUGCAACUGCAUGAUCCAAGUGUUAUAUUUCCUGGAACCGAUUCGCUGUCUAGUGCAGAACCAUUUGUGCCAAAAGGAGUUCUGUCUGGCCUGUGAGCUGGGUUUCCUCUUCCACAUGUUGGACCUGUCCCGAGGAGAUCCAUGUCAGGCCAGUAACUUCCUGCGAGCCUUCCGGACCAUUCCUGAAGCCUCGGCGCUCGGCCUGAUCCUCGCGGACUCCGAUGAGCAGACGGGGAAAGCCAGACUGGGGCGCUUAAUCCAGAGCUGGAACCGCUUCAUCCUGACCCAGCUUCACCAGGAGACGCAGGAACAGGAGGGGCCACAGGCCUACAGGGGGGCCAGCAGCAGUUCUCUGGGCUCCUCCGGUGAGUCUGUGAUCGGGAAACUGUUUGGAUGUGAAGUGGAGAACAGUAGUCUGUGUCGCUGCGGCAAAGAGACGGUCCGCUCCUCCCUCACGCUGCUCUUCAACAUGCAUUACCCAGAGCAGAACUCUCAGGAAAAGACAGUAAAGGAGUACGACUUUGCCGAGAUCCUGAAGAAGAGCAUCUGUCUGGAGCAGAGCACGCAGGCCUGGUGUGAGAACUGUGAGAAGUACCAGCCCACAGUGCAGACACGUAACAUCCGAUGUCUCCCGGACGUCCUGGUCAUAAACUGCGAGGUGAACAGCGCCAAAGAGGCGGAGUUCUGGAAGGUGCAGGCCGAGUAUGCCUUUAAUAAGGCCAUGCAGAAAGAAGCCAUGGAACCCGCCAAACCGAAGGAACCGCCACCGAUGCCCACAGAGUGGUGUUUGGACGGCGAGGACUUCUGCAGCAUGGACGGCUUUGCCUUCGACACUCGGGCCGAGGAUUUACGAAACGUCUGGAUCCCACUGAGCCUGAAGAUGUCCAUCAGCAAAAGUCAGGGUCUGGAGAUCAGCAGCUGGCCCGAGGGGGAGGAGCUGAGUGCCGAAGACGAGGCGGCGGGCGCAGCUCUGUACGACCUGGUGGUCACGGUGUCCCACGUCCUGGACGCUCGCACUGGUGGAAACCUGGUCGUACACAUUAAAGUGGGAGAGACCUACCACCAGAGGAAAGAGGGCGUCACACAUCAGCAGUGGUAUCUCUUCAACGACUUCCUAAUUGAGCCGAUUGACAAGGCUGAAGCGGCUCAGUUUGACGUCAGCUGGAAGGUGCCGGCCAUUCUCUACUAUGCCAAGAGGAACCAUCACUCCAAAUACGACCCCCGCAGUAAGUGUUCGGACUCAGAGUUCAGAUUUUUCUGCUGGAUCCUCUCAUCAUGUUCUACGAUGUGUCCAGUCCUUCAUCAUCAUCAUCAUCAUCAAGGUUUGACCUGCGUGUGUGUGUGUGUGCAGGAAGAGGCAGAACUACGCAGUGACGGAACCAAGUCCACCAUCAAACCCAGUCAGAUGUCAGUGGCCAGAAUCACCUGUGUCAGGGGUCAGGGUCCCAACGAGGGGGUGCCCUUUAUCGACGACUACAUCUCCACCCAGGAGCAGGUUGUGGACUAUCUGACGCAGUAUUCUGGCAUCAAACCUGGAGACCUCGAUGCAAAGAUCUCCUCCAAGCACUUAACCACUCUCAAGUCCACUUACCUGAAGCUGCGUUUCCUCAUCGAUACGGGGGUGCGCUUCGUGGGCCACGGUCUGCAGAAGGACUUCCGUGUCAUCAAUCUGCUGGUCCUCAAAGACCAGGUGGUCGACACCGUCUACCUGUUCCAUUUGCCUCGCAAGAGGAUGAUCUCUCUGAGGUUUCUGGCCUGGUACUUUUUAGAUCUUAACAUCCAGGGGGAGACACACGACAGCAUAGAGGACGCUCGCACGGCGCUGCAGCUGUACAGGAAGUACCUGGAGCUGAGUCGAAGAGGAGGCAACGACGAAGUGAGGAAGGUCCUGAAGGGACUGUACGAAAAAGGCCGGCAGCUGGACUGGAAAGUUCCGGAGUCAGACACAGGAGAUGGUCAAGGUAGCCCAAAAAGUACGGCACCACGUUGACUUAGAGGGCGACAGGUGGCGCUGUGUUUCCCUCUGUGAUGGGACUGUGAGCUGCACCGUGGUGGAGAACCUUUGGUCCGAUCUCUGCUGCUUCACUUCGUCCCUCGUUUGUGAUGAUGUUGGGUUUUUUUUUUCAUCCGUUUUUGAAGUUUGUAAAGAGUUAGUGAAAAGUCUGACUGCGUUUCUGUCGCUGCACAGUUUGGUUCACGUCAAGACUUUUUACUCUUCAGUUUUUACUCAGAUUUGUAAGAUGGAGUUAAUGUUAUAAAAGAUUUUUUUUAACAUUGUUGUUAAAAAUGUAAAAUAAACCAUGUGCCAUUUCUACC